AUGGGUUUAGUCAGCCAACGGCGGCAGCUGCUGCUCACGGUGUCCAUUUUGGCAGUGUGCCUCGCCGGGUUCUCCUUCCCUUCGGCCGUCUCCUACAGGAGGCCGCCUAGCCGCCCCGACGUUAGUGUCAGCCGCCGGUUGGACGAUGACGGCUCUACUCCGCAACAGGUGCAUAUAUCAAUGGUGGGGGCAGAUAAAAUGAGGAUAUCAUGGAUAACGGACGACCAAACUCCGGCCACCGUCGCUUACGGUACAUCUCCCGGUGACUAUGCCAAGUCCGCUACCGGAACCACCUCUUCCUACCAAUUUGACGUCUACAAGUCCGGCCAAAUUCACGAAGUCGUCAUUGGUCCGUUGCAUCCCGAUACCGUUUAUUAUUACCGCUGCGGUGGAAACUCCGCCCGCAAGUUCAGCUUCAAGACCGCCCCCUCUGCCUUCCCCAUCAAAUUCGCCAUCGUCGGCGAUCUUGGACAGACAGAGCACACGAACUCGACCCUGCAACACAUCUCCGAAGCAAACUACGACAUGCUGCUACUUCCCGGCGACCUAUCAUACGCCGACUCGUGGCAGCCACGGUGGGACUCGUUCGGGCAAAUGAUGGAGCCGUUGGCUAGCCAGCGCCCGUGGAUGGUGACUCAAGGGAAUCACGAGGUCGAAAUAUCGACUCCGCCUUUUACGGCCUACAACGCGCGCUGGCGGAUGCCGUUCGAAGACAGCGGCUCCACUUCCAACCUUUACUACUCCUUCAGCGUGGCCGGGGUCCACGUGGUUAUGUUGGGCUCGUACACAGAUUUCGACCCAUCUUCGGCCCAAUACAAAUGGCUCCAGUCGGAUCUGGCCCGAGUCGACAGGACCAAGACGCCGUGGCUCGUCGUUCUUAUCCAUGCUCCUUGGUACAACACCAACAAGGCUCAUCAGGGAGAGACUGAAUCCGUGGACAUGAAGAAGUACAUGGAGAGCUUGCUCUACAAUGCGCGAGCCGAUGUCGUUUUCACCGGCCAUGUUCAUGCUUAUGAGCGCUUUACACGCGUUUAUGAAGAUCAAGCGGAUGAUUGUGGCCCGAUCCAUAUCACUGUUGGGGAUGGUGGCAACCGUGAAGGCCUUGCAACAAAGUACAUCGAUCCGCAACUCGAGAUUUCGAUAUUCAGGGAGGCAAGCUUCGGGCACGGGGAACUCGAGGUUGUGAACGCUACACAUGCGCUUUGGACGUGGCAUAGAAACGACGAUGGUGAGGACGUGGUGAGCGAUUCACUCUGGAUUAAGAGCAUUUCCUCCGUUGACAACUGCAAAGUCUAACGACAUAGCAAUGAUGAUGGCGGAGAACGUGUGGUGAACGAUUCACUUGAAAUGAUGAUAAUUUUCUCGUCUAAUGAAUUAGUUAUAUGCGUCUAGUUGUGAUUAAACCUUUGAGGUACAAGGUUCUGAAUAAAGUAAGUGUAGCAUGG